AGGCGGUCGACCCGGGCGACGCGCGCCCCACCAGUCCACCACCACCCCGCCGUCCCAAGAGCCAAACCGCCUCUUUCCAAAAGCCAAACCACCCGGCCUCGCCCGCGACCCGUCUCGUCCCUUCUCGCCUCGCCGCCGCCGCCGCCGCCGCCGCCGAUGGGCUCCGAGGAGGAGCCGUCGCAGGUGCGGCGGGCGCUGGUGGACUCGCUCGCGGGCGCCAUCUCCGGCGGCAUCUCCCGCACCGUCACCUCCCCCCUCGACGUCAUCAAAAUCCGCUUCCAGGUUCAGUUAGAACCCACAACCUCGUGGGGUGUUCUUCAGAGGGAUCUAUAUGGACCUUCCAAAUACACUGGGCUUCUGCAGGCAACUAAAGAUAUUCUCAGAGAGGAAGGUUUGCCGGGAUUUUGGAGAGGAAACGUACCAGCUCUGUUGAUGUAUAUGCCAUAUACAGCUAUACAAUUCACUGUUCUACACAAGCUAAAAACAUUCGCUUCUGGUUCAUCUAGAACAGAGGAUCAUUUGCACUUGAGCCCUUACUUAUCCUAUGUAAGUGGAGCUCUAGCAGGAUGUGCAGCAACUAUAGGGUCAUAUCCAUUUGACCUUCUGAGAACUAUUCUUGCAUCUCAGGGUGAACCAAAGGUUUACCCCAAUAUGAGGUCUGCAUUUGUUGAUAUAAUUAAAGCUCGUGGUGUUCAAGGGCUUUAUUCUGGUCUAUCUCCAACUCUUGUUGAAAUCAUACCAUAUGCUGGUUUGCAAUUUGGUUCAUACGACACUUUCAAACGUUCGAUGAUGACAUGGAACAGAUAUAGAUAUUCACAUCUUAACUUGGGUAGCGAGGAUGAUUCAGUAUCAAGUUUCCAGCUGUUUCUUUGUGGUUUUGCAGCUGGGACAUUUUCAAAGGCUGCAUGCCACCCACUUGAUGUUGUAAAGAAAAGAUUCCAGAUUGAAGGACUAAAAAGACAUCCAAGGUAUGGAGCUCGAAUAGAAAGCAGUACAUAUAAGGGCAUGUACCAUGCCUUAAAAGAGAUCGUCGCAAAGGAGGGGUUCGGAGGCCUUUAUAAGGGGCUUUUCCCCUCUUUGGUGAAAUCGGCCCCUGCUGGUGCUGUGACUUUUGUGGCAUAUGAAUACAUCUCAGACUGGUUAGAGUCGAUACUGAUGUGAAAAUCUUCGAUACAGAUUGGGAGCAAGGCUGGAGUUGAGUGAGUUCUUGUUGGAUCAUGGAGCGAUCAAGAUACCAUCUUGAAAACGUUUUUCACACUCUGGACAUGGAGGCGGAUGGAGACCGCAAGGUCAAUCAUGAAGUGCAUACAUUUCCUUGAGAUCGGAUACCUGUAAAGCCUUACAUAGAAGAGCUGUUUUGCCGUUUCUUGUUCUUUUUGCCCCCAUUGCCUAAUGUGGUGAUAGUGCAUUCGUUGGUCUGUAACACCGAGGCUGAGUAAAACUGAUGUAGAGAUCGUGACACGUGACGAAAGUCAAAAGCAGCCGGCAGUUUUGUCGAUAUCGUGUUACGAUUCUUUUUUCCUGCUGAAGUCAUGUUAUCGAGUUAGUACGAGCAAACAUUGUAUGCCACUAGGAUGGCUUAUGAUAAGGCAAUCGUAACUCACCAAACCAUUUGUUGCC